AUGUCAUACCAUCCAGUGGACAUCGCUCUCCAGGACCUAAGCAAGCCGGACGAUUCCGCAGGCAUUGACAAUGAUUAUCUACUGGAUGCGGGCUCCGAUGCCUCGGAGACAUCGGUCGUCUUUGACAGCAUUGAUAAAGCUGUGUCUUCUUGCCUGGAGUCAGACGUGUCUGCAAAUGAGUCCCUCCCAGAUAUGGCGUAUUUCAAUCCGCACGAACUCAACAAGCUGGGAUUUCUGAAGAAAUUAUGCUCGUUUUUCGGACUCGGGGUGCUCUCAAUAUGGCUUUUGGCUGUAAUGGUUUACUCAAACACCAACAUAAGUACAGCUACGAAAUUGUGGAAGGAUAAGAACUCCUUCAAGGUCACAGGGCUCGAAAACCGUAAUAUCAGCCUCAAUGCAUAUUCGCCUUCUCAGCAGAAUGUCACUCUUGACUCUUACAGAAAGGGCAGCUACAGGAGUAGUCCCAUCUUGGCAAGAUGGUUGCAUCCACGCCAAUUUCCAAAAUCGUCGACGGAUGCAGCAAGAGGCUUCUACUUGACCACAAAACAUGGCUCAUUUGUUAUUAAGCAGGUAGAUUCAACUUUCAGUCAAGUUGUUCUUGAGUCAACACAAUUCGAGUACGAAAACACAUUCAUUUAUAUCGACGACCUCUUCUUGAACCCGGGCACUUCAGUUGACGAUAAAGAUGCCUGGCAUCUUGUGCGCCUGGACUCAGUACGGCAGUGGCGCCAUUCGCUCUUUUCUUUGUAUUGGAUGUGGCAGCCAAGCUCAGGUAAAUUUGUCCCUUUGAGACAAUCGGAGGAGACUAAGGAAGGAAAGGAGAGUUUGGAGAAAUUGAGUUUCGCCGAAUUUGAUCCCUCAGGCAAGUUCGUGACAUAUGGGUAUGAGCAUGACUUGUAUAUCAUUGAUCUUGCAACCCAACACACCACUCGACUUACAGACUCCGGUUCACACAACGUUUUCAACGGUAAGCCCGACUGGGUUUAUGAGGAAGAAGUCACAUCCUCAGAUAAACUCCUAUGGUGGAGUCCAGACCUGAAUUUUCUUAUUUACGCUUCCUUGAAUGAUACCUCAGUAUCUGAGUACAUUCUCGACUACCAUACAGACUCUAGUGAUGUUGUUAUGUCAUAUGAUGACAAGCCGCGUCCCUUGUUAAGUGGAAUUGAACAAUAUCCUGAUUAUCAGUACCUCAAAUACCCAAAACCUGGGACGAAUAACCCAGAAGUGACACUUUAUUGUUUCGAUGUCAGUAAAAACGAAACUGUUGAGAUCGAGCUGGCCUCUGAUACUGUUGUAGGUCGAGAUUUUAUUCUUUAUGAUGCUAUAUGGAUCGAUGAGGUUCAUUUUCUCAUGAAAGUUUCUGACCGCACAAGUUCUGUUCAGCAAAAGAAGGUGUUCACUCCACAUGAUUCUUUGAAGCUAGUCUCAACUGUGAAUGCAAGUGAUUAUAAUGGAUGGUUUGAGAAGAGUCUGCCAAUUGCCACAAUACCCAAGAAGGAACAGAACACCAAAUACGUAGAUCGGGUUGUUGUCGAUGGCGUAGUCCAACUAGCAUUGUUCGAGGAUUCUUUGAGUUCAAACUACUCAAUUUUACUUGGCCCAGUAACCCUGGAGAGCCUUUUGACAUACGACAGCAUUGAGAACGCAGUUUAUGGAGUGUUUGGCACAAAUUUGAAUCUGUCGUUCGGUAUGAUUGAUUUGGAAACAGCUUCAUUAUCUCCCUUGACUCACUCAGGCCAUUACAAAGUCGCAUUCAGUCCUGACGGACAAUUUGCAAAUCUUCGGUAUAUGGGUCCAAAUGAGCCAUGGCAAAAGUUGAUAAAUCUAGGCCUCCUUCAAGAGCACGGUUUGCGCAUUGAGGACGUCGCCACUGCUGACGAUGUUGGUCAUUUAUCUGCAACUUUAGAGACAACAAACUUACCCACACACAUACGAAGCACAAUUUCGAUAGGAUCAGGUGGCAGUGCAGUCAAUCUCAACAUAGUUGAAAUCUUCCCGCCUAAUUUCGAUAGGACCAAAAAGUAUCCUUUACUUGUCCAUGCAUACGGAGGACCAGGUUCUGUCAAAAUUGAUGACUCUUUCGACAUAGACUUCCAAGACGUUGUGAGCGACAUGCUCAACUCAGUGGUACUUAUUAUUGAUCCCAGAGGUACUGGAAAGGAUGACUGGACUAUUAAAUCAUUCGCUCGAGAAAAUAUAGGCUAUUGGGAGCCUCGAGAUAUAACAGCUGUCACAAAAAACUAUAUUAAAACUACGGGAUUCAUCAAUGAAGAGAAAGUAGCUAUCUGGGGCUGGUCCUACGGCGGCUUUACGACUCUCAAGACUUUGGAAUACGACAAAGGAAAUACGUUUAAAUACGGGAUGGCAGUUGCGCCCGUCACAAAUUGGCUCUUCUACGAUUCAAUCUAUACAGAGAGAUACAUGAACAGCCCACAACACAAUCCAAAUUACCACACCGCUCGCAUCAACGAUUUCGAGUCCUUUGCUCUUGUAAAGAGAUUCUUGUUAAUUCAUGGUACAGCCGAUGAUAAUGUUCAUGUUCAGAAUUCCCUUUGGUUCACGGAUCACUUGAAUUCCGAAGAUGUACACAAUUAUGACAUGCAUUUAUUCCCCGAUAGUGAUCAUUCAAUUUAUCAUCACAAUGCUGGUAAACUUGUGUUUGAAAGGUUGUUGUGGUGGCUUGAAAAAGCUUUUAUGGGAGCUUAUGACUAA